UCGUCUCCUCUCGCUCGAUCUCCGAAGAGGAGAGAUAUGAAGGAAGCGGGAGGCGACGACGAAGGCGAAGCCGAGGAGGAGAAGAGAGCAGAGAAACCAUAGUAUAUCGAAUGGCCUUACCCUUCCUUAAUGGGGUCGUAGGGACGGCGGCGAUGGCGAAGCCGGGGGUGUCGGCCGCGGCGGCAGGGGAGUUGAAGAACGAAUUGCAAAGGCUGGUGAGGGAGAUCGCUGAGGAGGACGAUGGGCAGAUUGGGACCUACGAGGAGGCCGCCAGGGUGCUCGCGGCGCUCAAACAGGUCACCUUUGCCGGGAGCGGGGGCUCCAACGGUACGCCGCGGUCGCCCUUGGCGAACCAGUGGAGAACGGAUGAGAGGAUGGAUUCGGCGUCGGUUCCCGAGCACUUCCGGUGCCCCAUAUCGUCGGAGUUGAUGAAGGACCCUGUGGUCCUGGCCUCCGGACAGACCUAUGACCGGCCAUUCAUUCAGGAAUGGCUGAAUUCUGGGAACCGGACUUGUCCACAAUCACAUCAGAUCCUGCCAAACACCAUCCUCACCCCUAAUCACCUUGUCCAUAGGAUGAUCUCCCAAUGGUGCAUAGAACAUGAUGUUUCCCUCCCUCCACUUGAUAAUGAGCAAGAUGAAGACAAAGGUUUAAUCACGGUUACGGAGAAGAAUGUGCUUGAUGGGCUCCUCCAAAAGAUUUGUUCACCCUCUUCUGUUAUGGAACAGAAGCGAGCCUUAAGCGAACUUCGACUCCUCACGAAGUGCAAAAGAUCCUUUAGAGCCCUCAUUGGAGAAAAUGAUGAUGCAAUCUCCCAAUUGUUGGCUGUUCCCUCUAUUCCUGAAUUGAGUGCUGACCCAAAAGUACAAGAGGAUGCUGUGACGACAAUUCUGAACAUCUCGAUCAAUGAAACCAAUAAGAAGAUUGUCGGGGACAACCCGCAAGCCAUACCCUUUCUUAUUGAUGCUCUGAAAGCUGGAAGAAUCGAGACAUGUAGCAAUUCAGCAGCAGCUCUCUUCAGCUUAUCAGCCCUUGAUUCCAACAAACUCAAGAUUGGUGAAUUGGGGGCAAUGAAACCACUUAUAGAGUUGUUGGAACAAGGCAGUUCAUCUGCCAGGAAGGAUGCGGGGUCUGCUGUUUUCAGCCUGUGCUUGGCUCAUGAGAACAGAGCAAGAGCAGUGAGUGGCGGUGUGCUGGGGGUAGUUUUAAAGGCUAUUACUGAUCGCUCACUUGUGAAUGAGUCACUGGCUAUCCUUGCACUCCUGUCGAGCAACCAAGAGGCUAUCGAGGAGAUUGCUGAGACUGGUGGAGUUCCUUGUCUGCUCAGCAUCAUAAGGGAGAGUUCAUGUGCACGAAACAAAGAGAAUGCAGUAGCCGUUCUCUACUCAAUCUGCAUGUAUGACCGGAAAAGGCUAAGGGAGGUUGGGGAAGAGGAGGACUCUAACGGAAUCAUCUCUCAACUGGUUCAGAAUGGUACUUCUAGGGCACGUCGGAAGGCUGCUGGGAUUCUAGACAAAUGGAAGCGGACAUUGCGCCUACACUAUUCUUGCUAGAUGUCCAUGAAAUUGAGUGAAUAAGGUACAUAUUAUGUACAUAUUUCCUCCCUUUAGAGAUCCUUUCAAGGACACUGUUCCAUUGAUAUCUCUGAGAUAUGGUUACUGAAGAGUUGGUUCUCGAGAGUAUGUGAACAUUAGUUCCAGAGCUGUCUUUCUUCUUUUAUGUGCCUAUAUUUUGUGCAACUGUUUCUUGUGUAAAUGUUUUCCUUAAGUUCCAAAAGAAAAUUCUUUUAGAUUUGCAUAUUA